CCAGAUAGGAACAUUUGUCCACGUAUUUGGACGAUAUCAACUACCAUGCGUUAUUCUUCAUUUUUUGUAUCUGCUUUGUUAAUUGAUGCUUUUUAUUACGUCACACCGGGAAGUAUUGAAUCAGAUUUUGGACACGGUGACGAAUAUGCCUCGGAAUGCAUGAGAGCGGCAAAAAAAAAAGUACAUCGAGCAAUUCAAAGAACGAAAAUACGAUGGGGAAGGGACGAUGUUUGGAAAAACAGCAUGGAUUUGUUUGAAUUUUUCAAAAGACCGCCAACGCCAGAAUCUUUCGAAAUAGCUCGUGCUGCAGACGUUUUUGAAACAACAGUCAACUUUGUUCAUGAUAAACUCCAAAAUAGUCGGGUGAAGAGGCGAGUGAAUGCGACUGAUGUUUUAUCGUCUGAAACAUUACAAGAACUCGCCAGAUUUGCGGGAUGCAAAGGUAAUAAAAAGCUAAAAGAAUGUCCCCGUACGUGCCAGGCUAAUAAAUAUAGAACUAUAAACGGAGAAUGCAAUAAUCUGAACAUGCGCCACUGGGGGGCGUCAAACAAUCCGUUCGAAAGGUGGCUUCCAUCACAAUAUGAGAACAAUUUUAAUCUCCCUAUGGGUUGGGAUACAGAGCGACGAAGAAAUGGUUUCAAGUUGCCAAUGGUCAGAAAAUUAUCCAACGACAUUAUGCACACAGCCAAUACAAAUGUGACUGACGACAGCCUUUACUCUCACAUGCUUGUUGUAUGGGGGCAAUACAUCGAUCAUGACUUCGACUUGACGCCACAAAGCCUCAGUACAUCCACAUUUCAAGGAUUAACCGACUGCAAAACGACGUGCACAAACUCGCCUCCGUGUUUCCCCAUAAUGAUCCCAGGUGAUGACCAAAGAAUUCGAAGCGCGCGAUGCAUGCCAUUUUUCAGAUCUGCAGCAGUGUGCGGUACUGGGGAAACUUCAGGAUUUUUCAACGGGUUGUUGCCACGAGAACAAAUCAAUGCUGUAACAUCGUUCGUAGAUGCAAGCACUGUUUAUGGAAGCACCGAAGCUAUGGCAGAAUCUUUAAGAGAUCGGAAAACGGGAGGAGGUCUCAUGUUGGUAAACGACAAAUUUAAAGACAAUGGCAGAGAAUAUCUACCUUUCAAUCCAAAUAACCCAUGUGUUCAAGACCCUUCGGAUGCAAGCGGAGAGAAAAUUCCCUGUUUUCAUGCAGGAGAUGGAAGGGUAUCCGAGCAUCUGACUCUUUCAGGAUUACAUACAUUAUGGCUUAGAGAACAUAACAGACUUGCCCGCGCCCUAAAAAUGGUUAACCCCCACUGGCACGAAGAAAAACUCUAUCAAGAAGCCAGAAAAAUAGUUGGUUCUCUACAUCAAGUCGUUCAAUACAGGGAAUACAUUCCAAAGGUCAUUGGAGCGAGAGGUGUACAAAUGAUGGGAAACUAUAACGGGUAUUCUUCUUCUGCAAAUCCGUCAAUUUCAAAUGUUUUUGCUACAGCGGCGUUUCGAUUUGGCCAUGUCACUAUUGCACCGAUGUUCCGACGACUGAAUGAAAGUUAUCAAGAACAUCAGAGAUAUAAAAAUAUUUUUCUUCAUAAAGCUUUCUUUUCACCAUGGAGAAUCAUACGCGAAGGUGGAUUUGAUCCAAUAUUUAGAGGUCUAAUAGGAAAACCGGCAAAACUUGCAACUCCAACGCAAAUCAUGCACGAGGAACUCAGGGAAAAGUUGUUUCAACUUCAAAACAAGGUGGCGCUCGAUCUUUCUUCCCUCAAUUUACAAAGAGGACGAGACCAUGCUUUACCAUUGUACAACGACUGGCGUGAAUUUUGUAACAUGUCAAGAGUGGGUAAUUUCAGCGAGGUGAUGAAUGAAAUAAGAGACGAGGGAGUUAGAAGAAAGUUGGAGGAAUUAUACGGUCAUCCAGGAAACAUAGAUCUUUGGCUUGCUGGAUUGGUUGAAGACCUUAUAGAAGGAUCAAGAGUUGGUCCAAUAUUUAUGUGUUUAUUGGCAAAACAGUUUAAAUACCAAAGAGAUGGAGAUCGCUUCUUUUAUCUGAACAAUGGAGUCCAUACACAAGCUCAGAGGAACGCGCUCGAAAAUGUGAGACUUGCUCACGUUAUUUGUGCGAACACCGGCCUGAAGAAAGUACAACUAGAUGCAUUUCGAGUUGCAACUUUUCCGAGAGAUUUUGUGGAUUGUAAUACGCUCAGGCCACUAAACCUCGAACCUUGGAGAGAAACUAAUCAAAUCGGUAAUUGCGGAAAACCAAGGGAUAUUACAAACGGAGUUUGGUCUUUGUGUGAUUCCAACACAGUAACAUAUAUGUGUAACAAAGGAUAUCAACUACAAGGAUCGGAAGAAGUAGAUUGCAUGAGUUCUGGACAAUACAACAGAAAUCCACCACAGUGCAACGAUAUAAAUGAAUGUUCAAUGAAUAACGGUGGAUGUAUGGUAAGAUGUACAAACACGCCUGGAAGCUAUAUGUGUGCGUGCGGAGAAAACCAAAAAUUAAACGAGGAUGGAAAUUCUUGCAGCGAUGAAAAGCCUGACGACGGACCAAAUGUGGUAGCGAUUGUGACAGGAGUAGUUCUUGGAGUAGCAGUAGUAGGCGUUUUUAUUGCACUCUCGGUUGGAAUAUAUAAAUAUACAAAACUCCAAAUGAUGAUGAAGCCAAAUUCAAGAUUUAAAAUUACCGACAGUAUAGAUGACGAUCUUCCGUCAAGAACAGGAGUUGAUAAUCCAGCUGCCUCGACUGAUAAAAUGUAAAAAGUGCCAAAAAAUUAAGCUUUGUGCUUUUUCAAAACUUCCACGGAAUUUCAAUUCACAUAUUACAGAUAUACCGAAUUGCUAUUUAACUCGCCUGAUUCGACUGAAAUUUUUUCAAAUGUGAUAUCAAAAGAGAUAUUUGAAUAGUAGAAAGAAAUUGUAAGUCAGUAUAAUUAUCUUGUUAUUUCAACAUUGACAAUUUGUCAAGAGUAUACUUAGAAAGCAUCUACUCACAUUGUAGAGUUGGCUGAAAAGUGUAAUACUCAAGGACAAUAAAUACCUCGUUAUGUUCUGCUUCUUUCUGAUAUUCAAAAAUUUGCCAAUGGAAAUAUGCAUACAUAGUUAAAGUUUUCGUAAACUUUAAAAACUGCGACACAAUCACCAACAUAAGCAGUAAAUAAUGUCAUUGUGGCAAUUAUUCCCGUUGGUAGUAAUUGUCUUGAUAUUUUACUACUAAAAACCACUGGUAUUAUUUUUUUUAUUAUAUAUUUUAUUUUUACCCACCAUCAUGAUCUUAUAAGCAUUUGCUUAUAGUAAAUAUUAAAAACUCAUUUUGCAAACGAUUACAUGGUUUGUUUAUAUAUAUAAGAAUGAAAAAGUGAUAAGAAUUGCAGUAUAGAGCAUAGUGACUUACCAGCAUGUUUAACUUAAUUCAUAUAAUCUAUUAA